AUGGAGUUUAUUAUUAUUAAAAAACCUAAAUUUUUAUUUCGAUUAACUUUAAUCACUAAAUUUUUAGUUAAUUUUUUUCUACCAUAGAAAUUCAGCAAAUUUAUUAGAGUAAUUGUUAAAUUAAAUUUAUGUAGCUUCGAAGUGGAAAGUUAAACCAACCUCCUAAAAGAUAAUUCAUCUCUCCUUAUCAAAUAUUUUACAAAGAACAACUUCAAAUCCUAUUAAGUUAAGGAGUUGGUAUUAAUAUGGUUGGAAAUCAAAUAUAAAAAGCAUGGUAGGAUAUGACUAAUGAAAUGCAUCAAUACUAUGAAGAUUAAUUUGAAUAGUGUGAAGAAAAAUUUUAAGAAUAACUCAUCUACUUUUAUGGAGGAAAUCAAAAGCAUAUCAACUAGUGGAAAGAAUUCAAAAAUAUUCCAUCUAAACCAAAAAGACCACUUUCUCCUUAAUUUGAAUAUAUUAUUAAAAAUAGGCACAAAUUUUCCUUUAAAAAUUUUAAUUGGAAAUAGUCCUACUAAAUUUUAAUUGAUGAAUAUUGUCAAUAAUCACAUAGAGUUUUAGAAUAAUUAGAAGUAGAUUAUGAAAGAAAAAUGAAAGAAUAUAAAGAUGCUAUUGAUAAAUGGAAUGAGUAAAGAAUAUAUUAUUCAUUUUAGAAAAUAUGCUGAAAAGUAUAAAACUUUAAAAAAAAAUACUUUAGAAAUUUAUAAAAAGUAAAAGACUGAAAAUUAAUUCGAAUAUUAAGAAUUGUAAUUUGUAAGAUCUAUUAAGAAAAUGAGUUCAAAUAAAAAGGAAGAACAAACAUAGAAUAAUGCAGAUUGUAAUGAUGUUAAAAGCAAUAAUUUAAAAGAUCUGGAUUUUGGAUUAAGAGAAGUUGAUACAAAUUUAGAAUAAUUUGUUGAGGAAAGUUAGCAAUUAGAAUAGAAAAAAUCAAAAAAGGGAAGAAGAUUUUGAAGACAAU